AUGUCGCCCAGUAUGAACGAGUCUCCGGAGGCCCAGCAGGAAAGGGGCGAGGAGAAUGGCGCAAGACAUCCGCGGCAAUCCAACGGCGUAGGGCUGAACUCGCCUCCCACGCAAAAUGGGGGACACACCUCCCUUCUUGCCAGAGAUGCCACGAACUCAUUAGCUAUCAUUGGAGACCUAGAAGACACCGACGUUAUUCUCAUCUUGGCCCCUUACGUGCCACAAAUUAGUGGGAACCCAGAUGAUACUUCUGACCCCUUUGAGUGGCUUGGUCGGGCUCUCGAGUCGCGCCACAGUCGAAUUCGGCACCGACCUUACGACAACAGCAGUGGCAUCACAGGCAUCCAUCGCCAAUUCAUCACACAGUCGAAAGUGAUUAUUCUCGUGUUAGCCGACGGUGAGGCUGCAGGCCAAACACCUCAGAUCAACGUCGAACACGCGCAUGUUACAGUAGCUACCGCUGGAGAUGAUAAGAGGGUAAUUAUUGUCGUAGCUGAUUCGUCACUGGAGUCAUGGCGGCGUCUCGACGAUUUCCCAACUGUCAUCCAAGCAGCAGAUUAUUCACCCGCCAGCCUUGAAAGGACGGUGUCGGUCAUAUUCAGAGAAUUUUGA